AUGAGCAAGAUGUCAGAGGAGGAGGAGUUUUAUCUGUUCAAGAACAUCUCCUUGGUGGGGCCGUGGGAUGGACCUCAGUACCACCUCGCCCCUGUCUGGGCCUUCCACCUCCAGGCAGCCUUCAUGGGUUUUGUCUUCUUUGUAGGGACGCCACUCAAUGCCACGGUGCUUGUGGCCACACUACGCUACAGAAAGUUGCGGCAGCCGCUCAACUAUAUUCUGGUCAACGUGUCUCUGGGGGGCUUCAUCUACUGCAUCUUCUCUGUCUUUGUCGUCUUCAUCAGCAGUUGUUAUGGGUACUUCAUCUUCGGCCGCCAUGUCUGUGCCCUGGAGGCCUUCCUGGGCUGUACAGCAGGUCUGGUGACAGGCUGGUCACUGGCCUUCUUGGCCUUUGAGCGCUACAUCAUCAUCUGUAAACCCUUCGGCAACUUCCGCUUCAGCUCCAAGCAUGCCCUGAUGGUGGUCGUGGCCACCUGGACCAUCGGUAUUGGUGUCUCCAUCCCACCCUUCUUUGGCUGGAGCCGAUUCAUCCCUGAGGGCCUGCAGUGUUCCUGUGGUCCCGACUGGUACACCGUGGGCACCAAAUAUUACAGCGAGUACUAUACCUGGUUCCUCUUCAUCUUCUGCUACAUUGUGCCUCUCUCCCUCAUCUGCUUCUCCUACUCUCAGCUGCUGGGGGCCCUCAGAGCUGUUGCGGCUCAGCAGCAGGAGUCAGCUUCGACCCAGAAGGCUGAGCGGGAGGUGAGCCACAUGGUGGUGGUCAUGGUGGGAUCCUUUUGUCUCUGUUACACACCCUACGCUGCCCUGGCCAUGUACAUAGUCAACAACCGUAACCAUGGGGUGGACUUACGGCUUGUCACCAUUCCUGCCUUCUUCUCCAAGAGUGCUUGUGUCUACAAUCCCAUCAUCUACUGCUUCAUGAAUAAGCAGUUCCGAGCUUGCAUCAUGGAAAUGGUGUGUGGAAAACCCAUGACAGACGAGUCUGAAGUGUCUAGCUCCCAGAAAACCGAAGUGUCUACUGUCUCUUCUAGCCAAGUUGGCCCCAACUAAGGAGCCGUACUGGCCUGCGUGCAGUGAGGACUUUACAUUUGAGGACAUUUCUACUUUCUGUAUCAAA